CACCGCAGGAACGACAAGAUCGAAUUGGCAAUCCGCCUCCUCCUGGCGCAGAAACCAGCGCACACCCCAGCAUACAACACUGCCCUCACGCGACUCGCUAGAACGCUCGACUCCAAGAAAGCAAACGACAAGCCAAAUCGGAUUCGCGUGAUCUGGGAAGUAUACAAGAAAAUGACCCGCCUCGUCAACGAAGACUCUGAAACGCUGCGUGCGCUGUGCGUCGCCGCGGAGAAGAACACCCGUCUGCAGGCAAACGUGCUCUGGGACGGCGUAGACCCGGUAGACCGGGUCAUCCACAUCUUCGAAAAAAACAUCGGCCUACGCAGGCCAAAGCUGUUGAUCGCAGACGAAGAACUGCCCACGCUACUGACGCCCUCACCAGCUUCAGUCCAUGCAUACGUCCGGCAGCUUGGCUUCUCGAGAAGGUACCGUGCUAUCGGGAGGAUCAUUGAGUGGACCACCGGCGUCGCGGACUGGCUGGAUGACAGGGAAAAACCGAUGGCUAGGAAAGUGAUUGUUGCCGCAAGGGUGUUUUUGGAAGUCCCGGCAGGGAAACAGGGGCAGCAGCAGCAGCAGGAGGAAGGGGAAGACGAGGAGAGCAUCAGGCAGGGGGUGUUGAGGGAUGUUGGGGUUUUGGUGCAGGAGUGGCCGGAUGAGGAGGAGGUAACGGAAUACUGUCUUUUGGGUGGGUUGAGGUAGACAUUGUACCAAGCCGACGGAAGGAAGGUGUGGAUACACUGUAGGUUAGAUGAGGUUUUUCGCGGCACGGGAGAUAUUGGGUUUCUGGGCGGGUUAUUUCGGGGUUUUGGGAUUUGAUUGAUAUUUUUUUAAAGGGCGGAGGUAUGUAUUUUUCAAAUGCUCAUACUCGUAGAGGAUGGAGUGUUUGCCGGCUGUGCCGGGCGUUGCGGGUGUUGGGCGCUCACUGGCCGUCACCACGGCGCCCAACAUAUAAUAGUCCUAGUCACUAAUCUUGACCAAACUUGCGAACCCAACUCACCAAGAAUAAACCCGCACCAAAAUCUGCAAACCAUCUGUCUUUGCGAAUAGGGUAUGUGCCAUAAGGGUGAUCUCCCCCCUUUCCUCUAAAAAUUUCCGGCUUCCUCAGUGGACCUUAUUUACACUCCGACUAGGAUCCCCAAGCGUAGGUUCCUGGUUGCCAAGAAUAAUAAGUGAGUGAUAUCUCUUGACUGGCAUACCGUGGGAUGCCAAUCCCAAAGUUCGUACCAGUAGUCUACGAGUACUCGAGCACUCGUUCUGGAAAAAUUCCCUCCAACGCCCCGACCACCGAGAAGAAAACCAUUCCAGAAAAAGAGACUUAUUUCGCCGCCGCCGUGUCAGCUCCAUCCUGCAAU